AUGGAUAUCGACGAAGAUGAAAUUUUCAAUGCAAUUAUGGAUUCCUAUAAUGAAGAAUCAAAGAAUUUCGAAAAAGAAAGCCUGAGAUCUCUUGAUUUCAAAUCAGUUACGAAAUUUAAAUGUUUUUUAAUUGGUACAAUGAUAAGCGCAACACUCUUAGGUGUACUUGUGGGUUACUAUCAAUGUAUCUCAGCGAACGGUGAAAGUGCUUUAGAAUUGAUGGAAGGCCUGUUUACCAAUUAUCGUAAACAAUAUACUGAUUUUGUUGCGAAUAAACCGGAUUAUUGUGAUUCGCGUGCAUUGCUCGAUUCGCGUAAAAUAUUGAAAAAUAUACGAAAACAAAAUAUUCUCCAUCAAGGCAAGGCUUUGCAUCAACUUGAGAUUGCUUUAAGCACGGAAAACGACUUUAACGCUAUAGCGUUCGUCGGACCGACAGGUGUUGGCAAAAGUUUAAUCUUAAGUCAUUUAAUCGCUAAUUUCCCAUGGCCUGAAAACGUACACAUUUAUGCCUGGAAUACGCAAGUGAAAGAUGAGUCAGAAAAAUUUCAUAUGUUACGCGUACUAAUCGAACGUUUAUCGGAAUGUGGCUGCAAUUUGUUAAUCAUUGAAAAUUUACAACCAAGCGACCACGGUUUAGUGUAUUUGGUUAAUAAUUUAAUAGCCGAAAUUGUCAAUGGCAAAAAACGGAUUAUCAUCUUUUAUGUCUUUAGUCUAAAUUGGAUGGGAGAUGAAUAUCUUUUAAAGGAGCAACAAGAAUUCCUUACGAAAUCGUUGCCAGUCGCUCAUGUCAUUAAUUUCAAAUCAUUUUCGAAAUCUAAAAUUCGUGAUUGCAUUUAUCGGGAAAUGAAUUGCGAGAAGAUCACCUUGACGCCAAACGAUAUCGACGACAUUAUUGGAACGGUCGAUGUUACUCGCACCGGUUGUAAGGAUAUAAAUUCUAAAGUCUUAUUAUACGGCACGAUAAAAAAUAAAUAA